AAUUCUGUUCACUUGUCUUUAUCCACAGAGAAUUGGUGGGUCGUUUACUAUUCCUUGAAAUCUAACCAAACUUCCCCCUUAAAUACAUGCUUCCAUGCCUUAUCUUUCAUUUCACAUCUCUUACCCUGCACUUCGUCUCAUACCCCUAACCCGAUCUCCUUUCUGAUCUCUUGAGCUUACUACUGAAAUUUCUGAUUCUAUUUUUUUGGUAAUUUUCUGGACCUGAAGCGUUGAAGGAUGGUGUGUCCUUUGAGGGCGGCAAUGCUUGGGCUUCUUGCCUUGGGAGCGAUUGCUGGAAGCAUCAAGAGAGCAAAUGGUGCGGUUCCUCCAAGCUCGAUGGUGAAGAUCGGACUGAUGAACAGUCGAGGUCCAUACAUCGCUAUAAUCGUGCCCAACUCUUUCGAGAUGAACCCUCUUCUCCAAUCUCCGAGCUUUCAAGCUGAUCCGAACUUUCCUUACUUGGACAUUUCAGGAAGGAGGUUUCGAUUCGGAAAGGUCGAAAAUAAGAAGGUCGUGAUUGUCAUGACCGGAUUGAGCAUGCUUAAUGCAGGCAUAACCACAGAAUUGCUUCUCACUCUAUUUGAGGUGAAAGGAGUUGUGCACUACGGGAUUGCAGGCAAUGCAAAUCCUCAACUCCAAAUCGGAGACGUGACCAUCCCACAGUAUUGGGCUCACCCCGGCCUUUGGUAUUGGCAGCGAUUUGGCGACGGACCCAACGACGAGCUGUCUUUAGAAUCGAAUGGGGACUAUACGAGGGAAAUUGGGUAUCUCGAAUUCGCCAAUUACAACAACGUAAGUCAAAAUGGGGAAGAAGUGGCAAAUCUUCUGAACAGAGUGUGGUAUCAGCCCGAAGAGGUCUUCCCAAUCGACGGUGUUCCUGAAGUCAGGCAACACGCCUUCUGGGUUCCCGUUGACCAGCGCUACUAUGGAUUAUCGGCGAAAAUCACGGAUUUGAAGCUAGGGGCUUGUGUGAACUCUUCAACCUGCUUGCCAAGAGAACCAAGAGUUGUGAGAGUGGAGAGGGGAGUGAGUGCCAACGUGUUUGUGGAUAACCAAGCUUACAGAGAGUUCUUGAGAUCCAAGUUCAACGCCACUCCGAUCGACAUGGAAAGCGCAGGCGUUGCUCUGGUGUGUCGCCAGCUCGGCAUGCCCUUCGUCGCUUUCAGGUCUCUCUCCGACUUGGCCGGCGGUGGCUCUUCGCUCUCCAACGAGGCCUCCACUUUCGCCUCUCUCGCCGCUCAGAAUGCCGUCGACGCCGUGAUCAAGUUCAUCUCCCUCUUGCCCUCAUAAUCCCCCAAUCAAUCAUUGCUUCCUUUUGGUGUUGAGGGAAAAUAUAGUGUUGAACUUUGCCCUUCUAAAAAUUAAGUUUGUCUCUCGGGUUUCUAGAGCUUGCAUUUUCUCGAGUUGUGAGAGAAUUUGUAAUUGCUUGUAUUGUUUAUCAUACUAUACAAAUAUUUAUACAAGAUAC